AUGGUGACUCUUAACCACAGCAGUGCAGUUAGCCUCGGAAUCGAUCUAUUGCAGGUGGUCGUUGGAGAUCAAGAUGGAGUCGUGCUAUGCUUUGGCAUGAAGAAAGGAGAGGCAGUGCCAGUGUUCAAGACUUUACCGGGGCAGAAGAUUUCGAGGCUGGAACUGGGAGGGGCUCUUAACACACCUCAGGAGAAAAUUUUUGUUGCUGCAGGGUCCGAGAUUAGAGGCUUCACAAAGAGAGGAAAACAAUUUCUCUCUUUCGAAACAAACCUCACGGAAAGCAUUAAAGCUAUGUGCAUCUCUGGCUCGGACCUCUUUCUCAGUGCAACUUACACCUACAAUCAUUACUGUGACUGCAAGGACCAACAUUAUUACCUUUCUGGGGACAAAAUCAAUGAUGUCAUCUGCCUUCCCGUGGAAAGGCUAUCUCGCGUUACACCGGUGUUGGCCUGCCAGGACAGGGUGCUCCGAGUCUUACAGGGAUCUACUGUGAUGUAUGAAAUUGAAGUUCCUGGUCCACCCACUGUCCUAGCCCUACAUAAUCGAGAUGGCGGUGACUCCGGAGAAGGCCUUCUGUUCGGCACAUCAGAUGGAAAACUCGGGCUUAUUCAGAUAACCACAGCGAAACCAAUACACAAAUGGGAAAUUCGAAAUGACAAAAAGCGGGGAGGUAUCUUGUGUAUUGACAGCUUUGAUAUCAUGGGUGAUGGGGUUAAAGAUUUACUUGUUGGGAGAGAUGAUGGAAUGGUGGAAGUGUAUAGUCUUGAGAAUGCAAAUGAGCCUGUGCUACGAUUUGAUCAGAUGUUGUCUGAAAGCAUCACAUCGAUCCAGGGUGGCUGUGUAGGGAAGGAUGGCUAUGAUGAAAUCGUGCUGGCCACAUAUUCAGGCUGGGUGACCGGGCUGACUACAGAGCCCACUCAUAAGGAAAGUGGACCAGGAGAAGAACUAAAGCUUAACCAGGAAAUGCAGAAUAAAAUUUCUUCUUUACGGAAUGAGUUAGAACACCUGCAGUUUAAGGUACUGCAAGAGAGAGAAAACUACCAACAGUCUUCACAGUCAAGCAAAGCAAAGUCAGCAGUUCCUCCGUUCAGUAUAAAUGACAAGUUCAUGCUGAAUAAAGAUGAUGCCAGCUACAGCCUCAUCCUGGAGGUGCGGACUGCAAUAGAUCACGUCUUAAUACAGAGUGACGUUCCAAUAGAUCUGCUGGACGUGGACAAGAAUUCUGCUGUCGUUAGCUUUAGCAGCUGUGACACAGAGUCAAGCGACAACUUUCUUCUUGCCACUUACCGGUGCCAGGCAAACACCACCAGGCUGGAGCUCAAGAUUCGCUCAAUUGAAGGCCAGUAUGGCACACUUCAGGCAUAUGUGACUCCAAGAAUUGAACCAAAAACCUGUCAGGUCCGCCAGUACCACAUCAAACCCCUAUCACUCCACCAAAGAACUCACUAUAUUGACCAUGACAGACCCAUGAACACAUUGACUCUAACAGGCCAGUUCAGCUUUGCUGAAGUCCACUCCUGGGUGGUGUUCUGCCUGCCUGAAGUUCCUGAAAAGCCUCCAGCAGGAGAAUGCACAACAUUUUACUUUCAGAAUACUUUUCUGGAUACACAGCUUGAGUGUGUAUACAGAAAAGGAGAAGGGGUUUUUAAGUCUGACAACAUUUCUACGAUAUCCAUCCUAAAAGAUGUGCUUUCUAAAGAAGCCACCAAAAGGAAAAUUAAUCUCAACAUAUCAUAUGAGAUAAAUGAAGUGUCAGUCAAGCAUACGUUAAAGCUGAUCCACCCGAAGCUGGAGUACCAGCUGCUGCUGGCUAAGAAAGUGCAGUUAAUUGAGGCCUUGAAGGAAUUGCAGGUUCAUGAGGGAAAUACAAACUUUCUGAUUCCAGAGUACCGCUGUAUUCUGGAAGAGGCAGACCACCUACGAGAGGAACACAAAAAGCAGCCUGCACACCUUGAGAGGCUCUAUGGUAUGAUUACUGAUCUUUUCAUAGAUAAAUUUAAAUUCAAAGGCACUAAUGUAAAAACCAAAGUACCUGCUCUACUGGAGAUUCUUGACAGCUACGACGAGAAUGCAUUGAUCGCUUUCUUUGACGCAGCAUGAAAGAUAAACAAGGUAGGACCAGCAGAGCAGUCUGCUUAACAACAAGGUAAAGAAGAAU